AUGAAGGUAACCACUAUUCAAGAACAUGAUGGCUGGGAGAACAAAUCACUGGCUCAACUAAUGGGCAACCUUCGAACCUACGAAAUGGAAAUUCUUACUGAUCACACCAAAAAACCAAAGACAGUUGCAUAUGUCGCUAAAGAACAUGAUGAUACCGCUAACCCAGACGAAUCAGGUAUCUCAGAAGAAUUCACAAAACAAAAAAUUUCAAAAAGAAGUUCAAACAUGUCGAAAACUGGUACAAAAACUAGCAUGUCAAACUCUAAAACUACUGCCUCACGUCCAGCCCACUCCAAGGAAAAAUCAAACAACAAAGGAAUAAAAUGUUACGAGUGUGAGGGCUUUGGUCAUGUUCAAGCUGAAUGUCCAACUUACCUUAGGCGAAAAAAGUCCAUGACAGCCACAACUUGGAGGGAUGACGAACCUGAAUCAGAAGCUGCUGACUCUGACGCAGAAAAAAUGUUCGGUAAUAUUGUAGCUUUUACUGCUAGAGUUGCGACAUGUUCAGAACCUGGAGAUGUAUUUGACACGGAGGAUGGUGAGUACAACUCGGCGGAAGACCAUGAAAUACCAUAUUUAUCUUACGAAGUAGAGUUUAACAAGUUGUAUCCCAAGUGGGAAGCAUUACUUAAAACAAAUCGUAUAGUGUCUAGUGAAGUUAGAGUAUUGCAAAAUGUUGUAAACGUGUUCAAAGGUCAAGUAGCAGAUAGGGAUGCAUUAAUUAAAGAAUACACUGACCGAGAAGAGAAACUGAAACAGGAAGUCAAGGAACUGAAGCUGGAACUGAGUUACGAGGACACAUCAAACCUGAGUGUUAUUACUUCUACAAAAAACAAAGGGCCGAAAAACAUAGCCAUAAGUAGGGAUGAAAAAUGGUACUUCGACAGCGGUUGCUCGCGUUACAUGACCGGAAACGCAAAAUUUCUAAGUGGCAUAAACACAAGCAACAAUGAAGUAACCUUUGGUGAUAGAGUCAAAGGACAAGUAACCGGAGUAGGUACUCUAAAUGUUGCAGGUCUACCGAAGUUGAAAAAGGUGCUACUGGUAAACGGACUCCAUGCCAACCUCAUAAGCAUUAGCCAACUUUGCGACCAAAACUGGAAUGUUAGCUUCACCAAAGACAACUGCAGUGUUAUGGAUAAUGAAAAGCAAUGUGUUAUGGAAGGUCCAGCAUAA